UUCACGCCUCCAGGAACUCCUUCAGCACCGCGGACAGAGACACAUAAACACACACACACACACACACGCGCAGAGCUCCGGCGCUUUGUGAUGCUAAACAACUGCAGGUCAUCAGGAUUCCUCCUCCUCAGACCUCCAGAACAACACAACGAUCCAGUCGAGACAUUUGAAAAGUUGUAGAGCAAACAGAAACACCGAGGAACCGUGUCGUUUUCUAUGCAUUAUUUUGCUGGGCAUUUUGAUCGCGCAUUCCCCCUCUCCUUUCAUUCAAGUAUAUUUUUUUGUUUUCCUUCAUCAUAAUUAUUUAGUGUAUUUGUGCCAGAAUGUUGUUAGAACAUCCAGGAUCAAGUUGUCAAAAUGCAGGAAAUUACACCAGAUACAGCUCGAGUCAAGAUAUCCCUGUUUGCGCGGGCUGUAAUCAGCACAUCGUGGAUCGCUUCAUCCUGAAGGUUCUGGAUCGACACUGGCACAGCAAGUGCCUGAAAUGCAGCGACUGUCAGUCUCAGCUGGCCGAGAAAUGCUUCAGCCGGGGCGACAGCGUCUACUGCAAAGACGACUUCUUCAAGAGGUUCGGCACCAAGUGCGCGGCGUGUCAGCAGGGUAUCCCGCCGACACAGGUGGUCCGGAGGGCGCAGGACUUCGUGUAUCACCUGCACUGCUUCGCCUGUAUCGUGUGUAAGAGGCAGCUGGCCACAGGUGACGAGUAUUACCUGAUGGAGGACAGUCGACUGGUGUGUAAAGCCGAUUACGAGACCGCCAAACAGAGAGAGGCGGAUUCGACUGCAAAACGACCCCGCACAACAAUCACCGCCAAACAGCUGGAGACGCUGAAGAACGCGUACAAUAACUCGCCGAAACCCGCGCGACACGUGCGCGAGCAGCUGUCAUCAGAGACCGGCCUUGACAUGCGGGUGGUGCAGGUCUGGUUUCAAAACAGAAGAGCGAAGGAGAAAAGACUGAAAAAAGACGCGGGCAGACAGAGAUGGGGUCAGUAUUUCAGAAACAUGAAGAGGUCGCGCGGCAGCUCCAAAUCAGAUAAAGACAGCACUCAGGAGGAGGGCAUGGACAGCGACGCUGAAGUCUCCUUCACAGACGAGCCGCCCAUGUCUGACCUGGGUCACUCCAACGGCAUUUACAGCAGUCUGAGCGAAAGUUCUCCGGCUCUGAGUCGUCAGGGCGGAGGUCAUCCGCCGUUCCCCCUGGAACACGGCGCCAUCAUCCCCUCGCAGGAGCAGUACCACGACAUCCAGGCCAGCAGCCCCUACAGCCUUCCGCAGUCUCCAGGUUCGCUACAGGCUCUUCCCAGACACCAGCCCCUCAUCUCCAGCCUCGUCUACCCAGAGUCCGGCCUGCCCAUGGUGGCUCAGAGCGGAGGCCAGAACAUGACUCGAAUGAUGGCCGGGGGAAACGGGCCGAGCUCUGAUUUGUCCACGGGGAGCAGCGGUGGGUAUCCGGACUUCCCCGCCAGCCCGGCGUCCUGGUUGGAUGAGGUGGAUCAUGCCCAAUUCUGAUGCACAUUUGGGAAGAGACUCUUGUAUAGACAGUGGCGGGGAACUGGAAUUACUCAGUGGAUGGCUGAACCUUGAAUCUUCUCUAUUUUUCCGUAGAGUUGAACAUUUGGAAAUUGGUUAGCGAUGGAUCCAAGACUUGAGUCUCGCCAAGGACUUCUGUUUGGUUCUACAAGGACACGACAUUGUGAGGAGCUUUUACCACACUAAAGGCCCGUUCACAUAAAGAUACAGUUCUAAAAAAUUGUUCUAAAUAUAUAAGAAUAGGCGAGUCCAACUGUAACGAUAACGGCACAGUGAAACGAUAUUGUUGGAAUCACUUUCAGAGCGAUUUUUUUCAGCUGAUGAAUCAUAAGAACACUGACAGCAAAUCAGAAUCAAUCUUGCUUUUAAGAGCUCGAGCAUUUAAAGCGACAGAACGAAUGUGGACGCUAAUAUUGGUGUGAACAGGCCUUUAGACCAUAACUUUUAAUUAUACAACGUUUUAUUUUUUAUUAUCUUAUCUCCAAAUGAGAAUUAUGGUAGACCAAGAUGCUCGUCAGAUGAAAUUUCCACCAGUCAUCAUCCAUCAUUGCUGUUACCGAUGUGUAUAAAUGUGAUAUCACCAGUUUUGGUCAUUGCCAAAUGUCUAUGUACAUUAUAUAACAUUUUAUCAAUGUGGAGUCUUUAUUUUUAUACAACCCCCUUGGACAAUACGAUCACAGAGACAUUAGGACUUUGUAUGUUACACAACAGGGAUAGACAAGUUGUAGUUGUUGUCUCUUUCUAAUUAGUAGGAGUACCUCUAUGCAUUUGUGUGUUUUCAGACGUGUCUCGUUCAUUUCACUCUGUUGGAAACGUUUGGCCUCUAUGUGUUAUAUAUGUGGAAAAAAUGUUUUAUGUCUUAUUUAUUCUCUCUGAUGAUGGUUAAGUGGUUUAAUAAAUUUGUCAGUGAAAUCCUCAAGCAGCCAUCGCUUCCUGGCAGAGAUAU